AUGACUGACUCACCCUUCCGGAGCAAUAUCACCGUAACUUAUAUCGGCACUGCAACCGCAAUUAUAGACAUAGACGGUAUUGCCUUUCUAACUGAUCCGUACUUCUCGCCCGAGGGUACGAUAUGGGAUGUCGGCAUCGCCAAGUUAACUAGCCACUACGAACCAGCCAUUUCUCUUUCCCAACUGCCACCCAUUGAUGCCGUCCUACUCAGCCACGAGGACCACCCUGAUAAUCUUGAUGAGUUAAGCCGGCAACGUCUACUUGAUGGCCGGCGUGUUUUGACCACGGUUGAUGGCGCCGCGAAGCUCCACCCCAGGCCAGGAGUACAGGGUUUGAAACCCUGGGAAGCAAUAAACCUGACUAUAGGCGGUACUCGCUUCGAGGUGACUGCUACACCGUGUCAACACUUACCUGGUGGGGAGUGCACAGGUUUCAUUCUCACAACACCCUCAUUCGGAAAGACAGGGGACCUUCCGAAUGCUAUAUUCUUUUCCGGCGACACUAUCUACCUCGAAGAGCUGUUGAAUAUCCGGGAUCGCUUUCACAUCUCGCUUGCUCUGUUUAAUCUUGGUGCGGCGGCCAUUGUGCUGCCGGGUGCGUCCGAGCCGUUACAGAUCACGAUGGACGGUGCUCAGGGUGCCCGGCUAUUCCGCGAGCUAGGCGCAGAUGUACUGGUACCGCUACACUUCGAAGCUUGGGAUCACUUUUCCCAGGCCAAGGAGUUACUAAAGGAUGAGCUAGAUGAAGCGGGGAUUAAGGACAAGGUUGUCUGGUUAGAGCCUGGGAAGCCUAAGAAAAUUUUCUAA